CAUUACUUUCAGUUUGUUUAGUCAACGACUUCAAGGAAUACAGAAUUCAAGGGGAAUCAGAAAAUAUUAGUUAUAUAAAGAAACAUAUAACUCUAUGGUUAUACUCCCUCUAUAUAGCCCAUACGAACGUCUGCUUACUUGAUCUUCAAACUUUGACUAAAUUCUUAUUGUCUGCUACCUUGAUAUCGACCUCGAGUGGGCGAGGUAAACACUACUUUCAGUUUGUUUAGUUUACGACUUCAAGGAAUACAGAAUUCAAGGGGAAUCAGAAAUUCUAUUGAUCUUUCUUCGAAUAAAAGACACUUGGCAACCAGUAUUAUAUCAUUUGCUCGAAGUACAGUCUUGCAAGAUGGAAGAGUUAUUCAGGCAUAUAGAUAAAAAUGAAAAGAAGUAUAUUGUUCGACUUGCUGAAAGUGUUUCCAUACCUAGUGUAUCAGGAUGGCCAGAAAAUAGAGGUGAAGUCAGGAAUAUGAUUAAUUGGACAGUUAAGAGGUUGGAGGCUAUAGGAGCAAGUUGUCAAUUAAAAGAAUUAGGAAAUCAGAAGUUACCUGAUGGAAAUGAAAUCCCUUUACCACCUGUUAUAUUUGCUCAACUUGGUGAAGAUCCCAAGAAAAAAACACUUUUAGUGUAUGGACAUUUAGAUGUUCAACCUGCUGCUAAGGAAGAUGGGUGGGAUACUGAACCAUUUGUAUUAACUGAGAAAGAUGGUAAAUUAUAUGGUCGUGGUUCAACUGAUGAUAAAGGUCCAGUUUUAGAUUGGAUCAACUGUAUUGAGGCAAUGCAAGAAAUUGGAAUGGAAGUACCUAUAAAUGUCAAGUUUGUAUUAGAAGGUAUGGAAGAAUCUGGUUCUGAAGGUCUAGAUGAAUUGGUAAUCUCAGAGAAAAAAGGAUUCUUGAAGGGAACAGAUUUUGUAUGUAUCUCUGAUAAUUAUUGGUUAGGAAAAACUAAACCCUGUAUUACAUAUGGCCUGAGAGGUAUUUGUUAUUUUUUUCUGGAAAUUGAGUGUGCAUCAAAAGACUUGCAUUCUGGAGUUUUUGGUGGAACAGUUCAUGAAGCUAUGACAGAUCUUACUAAAAUAAUGUCUUCAUUAGUUGAUAGUAAGGGACGUAUAUUAAUAAAAGAUUUAUAUGAAAGUGUUCAACCAGUGACUGAUGAGGAGAAACAAUUAUAUGGCCCAAUUGACUUUGAUCCAGAAGAUUACAGAAAGGAUAUUGGUGCUAAGAAAUUAAUCCAUGCCUCGAAGGAAGAUGCAUUGAUGCAUAGAUGGAGAUAUCCUUCCUUGUCCUUACAUGGCAUAGAAGGUGCUUUUGAUGGUUCAGGAGCUAAAACUGUGAUACCAAGGAAAGUUAUUGGUAAAUUUUCUAUCCGUCUUGUGCCACACCAAGAACCAGAGAAGAUCAAAGAACUUGUUCAGAAACAUGUUGAUACUAUACAUUCAUUGGGUGGUAGUCCCAAUACAAUCAAAUUAACAAUGGGGCAUGGUGGUCGACCUUGGGUCAGUGAUUUUAAUGAUCCUAAUUAUUUGGCGGGAAGAAAUGCCAUGAAAACAGUAUUUGGUGUUGAACCAGAUUUAACAAGAGAAGGAGGCAGUAUUCCAGUGACCUUGACCUUCCAAGAAGCCACAGGGAAAAAUGUGAUGUUACUUCCUGUUGGAGCUUGUGAUGAUGGAGCACAUUCUCAGAAUGAAAAAAUUGAUAAAAUUAAUUAUAUCAAUGGAAUCAAACUAAUGGGUGCCUAUAUGAGUGAACUUGCUAAACUUUAAAUAUAUCAUGUUAUGAAAGUUUGCAACAUUCCACUUAACCACUUAUAUUAUUUAUAUCUUAAUUUUUUUUUUCUAUUAGAGGUAUUAAGUCAUUAAGACCUUUACAUCACAAAACAAUUCUCAAGAUAUGUUAUGGAAUUUAUCCAAAUUUGUCUAUCAUGCUAUGAAAUGAUCUUUAUUUUCAAAUGAAAAUAUCAAAUAUAUAAAUUGAACUAAUGUUAAAAUUGAAUUGAAAUUUUUAGUUUAGUUAUUGAUAAAGAUAAAUAAUGUCUCAAUUAUACAUUU